CCGUGCUCUGCAAAGAUCUCUAUUGCACAGAAGGGUCCGAAACAUUUGCGAAGCAUCGACUGAAGCAGGAACGCCGCUAAAACGGUCAUCAUGACAAAGAAAAUAGGGCAGUGACAUGACCGAGAACUGGAAGCCGUAUCUUAUCUAAGACGGCCUUUUUUUUCCAAUCCAGGCCAGGGCAAAAGGGCAGGUGCUUGAGUACCACCCGGUGGGCUAUGUGUGCACGCGCCCGAAUGUAGGGCUAUUCCUUCCUUUCCGGAAGGGGUCGACCCCGCCCCUGCAAGAGGGCCCACCCCCGCCAUGGAAGACACUCCCGCAAUACGUCUCGCAGAAAGGGGCAUUUGCCUCCUUUGCGUGCAGCUGUCAGACUGGAGAGCAAGAGAGCGGUCUCGCUCUAAUCGCCACGCUGAGGCCGAUGUCCGCGCAUUCCUUCUCCUUCUCCCUCUCCGUUGAGCCGACCCUCGCGUCGGACGAGGACAAUGGGCACCGCGGCGAGAGCGAAGGCAGCGCCGACCGGGGCUACGGCGGCCCCCGGCGAAACGCGGCGAACGCUCGGGAGAGGCACCGGACACAGAACGUCAACACGGCUUUCGGCGCAUUGCGGACACUCAUUCCCACGGAACCGGUGGACCGGAAACUGUCCAAGAUCGAAACGCUGCGCCUGGCGUCCAGCUAUAUUUGGCACCUGACGAACGUGCUGGGGGUGGACGAGGAGAGAGAGGACGGCGCGCCGUGCCUCAGCGCCGUGUACAAGGAGGGGAGGGGCGGCGGAGACCCCGGACGGCCCCGGAGCAUCUGCACAUUCUGCCACAGCAGACAGCGGACGGGGGCAACCGUCGCCGCCCGCCGCGAAAGGAGAGGCGCUUUCGGAGAAGGACGCCAAAUUGGCAGAAGUUCAGAAGAAAAUCUAACUAUUCAAGUCAUCAUUCCAUUCGAAUGUAUCAAAUCCAAAAGAAAUUGGAGCUAAAUAAAUAUUGCACAAACAAUUGUGACUUGAGGGGAAAUUUUCAACAUCAAAGAGAAAUACAACUGAACUGUGCUGAUGCACCCAAAGGGGCCCGGGCGCCGCAUUUUCAGAAUGGCCGCUAGAGAAUACGACGUCCACAGAAAUCCAGUGAUUUUGUUGCUGUUGAUCAUACCUCUGCGAAUGUGUCUUAAUCACGGCAUUUUAUAUAUCAAUCUAUACAAACGAUACGUUAACACAGGAAAUAUUUUCUUCGCAAUCCAGGCCUUCUGUCUUUGCCACUGAACCUAGCAAUGUUGCCUUUGGAUAGCAGCCUAUCGAGUAUACUGAAAUGAUCCGAACACUGCAGCUUUGAAAUAUUCCGACUGACAGCGCUUUCCUUCCUUCGGAGGCAAAAGACGGACGAGACCGUGUGAAAAUUCAAUUCCACUCUCGAUAAAACUCUCCCCUGGAAUUGAAAAUUGCACCGCCCGCCACCAGAGACCCGAGACUCUUUACCAGCCACUGUUCACUUUGUGAUAUUGAUUUUGUCAUUUGAUUUAUUUAUUUGUUUUUGCCCAUGAAGAGGCAUCACCAAACAAGAUGAGUUGCGCCUCUACUAAUGCUUCACAAUGCCAACAGUGGAUCAUUUUAAUGUGGGGGGAAAAAAAAUCAAGUAUGAAAUAGCAACAUCAUUUGGUGAUCAGUUCAUGUUUAUUGUCAAACAUGGUAAAUUUCAUAACGCUAGUCCAAUACUCUAUUGUUUAUGUGCACUCAACUACUAAGAAAUGCUGCAAAGUCAAUCAUUCACUGAAUAUGAAAUGAUACGAAAGGCUCGUAAAUGGUUUCUGCAGCAGGCCUCACAAACAGCUGCGUUGAGCCAAAAACAAAAACUGUAUGAGCAAAACACUUCCACGGUGUGACUUCAGAGGAGAGCAAAAAGAAUGUUGGAAGAAAAUAACUACAGAGCUAGUAUUUCUUCUUCCUGGCCAUUUCCAACAUUACCCUCUGAUGUUUUUGCUGCUUUUGCAUUCACAUUGCCUAAUGUGUCCGGCAGACAAUUAUUACAUGGACGCUAUUAAAAUUCACCACUUUUGCUUGAUUGCUCAACAGCGUCUGAUGGCGGACUGAUCAGCUCGCCUGAUGUUUUGGGAGUCAGCACAGCUUUUUUGUUUCAUCCAUGAAAGUGUUCACCAAAUAAAGUUGCAUUUAUAGCACAUGCUAAAGCAAUAGCAAACCCUACUUGGGAAAGCAGCGAUUAGCUCCACAUUUCAUACCGUCAUCAGGGAGAUGUAUUUGUUUUGUUACUUUAUAUUCACAAAUGUUCUAUAGAUCCCCAGUCCCGGCCGGGUGUAAUGAGUGAGAGGGAACCUACGUCAUUUAGGAACAUUAUUAUGCUUGACUUUCACAUUUACAUAAGAAUGAAAUAUAUUUUGACACGUGUAUGGCAUCGGAUCUUGCUUGGCUCUACAUGUUGCACAAAUCUGUGUAUGACAAUGCAGUGCUGUGAAAUCCAUUCAUGUUUAAGCCUUUGUUCACUUGUGUAGAUACUUAUACAAUUGAAAAACAAACUAAACAUUUAGAUUAUAGCUAGUUUUAGCUGUACACGCAUUGUUUUUAGUUCAAUCCUGUUUUUGGAAAUUGGUCCUUUGCACAGUCCGAGGAAAAUAACGACAAUCUCGGACACUACGGAAUCAACACAUUGAUUGCAUUAGGAUAGUAUUGAUUGAAUUUUUUUGACAGACUCAUUCUAACUUGUAUUAUUGUUGUCAUCUUUUGCCUGUAAUUGCUCAGGGGUGGAAACCUGCACGGGGAUUUCCAGUGUGGAUGAACUAAUCAAUCUGAGUAAUGCCGAAGAAUCACAACAGAGGAAGCCAUUCAUCUUUUCCCUCAGUGCGAUCACUGUGGAAUCCUUGUGUUUCAGCAGUGCCUUAGCGCGGUUUUGAGGGUGGUAGUUCAUACGGAGUGCCAAUUAGGAAGGUAUGAAUCAGGGUCAGCUCUGGGAAUAGCAUCCAGGCACAACAGGAAAGACACAAAUUAGCUGUGUUGCAUCUAUUGUGAUGGCUGAUGACAUUGCUGGACAUAUGCCAACGAGCUGAGCCACAAAAUGGAAUAAUCACAGUUAAAGCUGCACAUUCCAGCUGAAAACACUUCAGUUUUUCCAGGUCCUGCUGAUUCCUGAUUCCCGAAUGAAAGGCAGACUUUCCUUUCAUCGGAAAAGAGGACCUUGGACCACUGGCCGACAGUCCAGUCUUUCUUCUCCUUGGCCCAGUUGAGACUCUUCCUACGUCGGCUCAGGCUCAGUAGUGGCUUGACCCGGGGAUCCAGACAGUUGUAGCCCAUCUCCCGGAUGCGUCUGAAUGUGAUGGUUUUUGAAGCUGUGACUCCCGCCUCAUUUCACUCUUUCUGGAUCUCUGCUAGAUUCUUGAAUCUUCUCUGUUUGAUAAUCCGCUGAAGCCACGGUCAUCUCUUUUGCCGGUGCAUCUUCUCCUGCCACAUUUUGUCCUUCCAUUGAUAUGCUUGGACACAGCACUCUGUGAACAGCCAGCCUCCUUAGCUAUGAACUUUUGUGGCUUACCCAUCCUAUGGAGGGUAUCAAUGAUGGUCUUCUGGCCAGUUGUCAAGUCUGCAGUCUUCCCCAUAUUGAACCCAACUGAGACAAUUUUAAAAAAUUGACGCAGUUAUGGAAAUAAAUAAAUGUUUUCAUGAUAUUCAAAUUUUUUUGGAAAGGGUCUGUAUGUAUGCAUCUAUGUACGUAUCUAUGUAUGUAUGUGCCGUGAAAGCAUUGGCCCCCUUCUCAAAUUCUUAUAUUUUUGCAUAGUUUCCCCACGUUUAAUGUUUAUGAUCAUCAAAGAAAUGUAAAUAUCAGACACAUAUAACCCAAGUGAACUUAAACAGCCUUUUUUAAAAUGGUGAUUUCAUUUAUUAAGCAAAAAAAACAAAAAAAAAACUAUUCAGUUUCCUGGCCGUGUGCUAAAACAUAAUGGCCCCCUAAACCUGGUUGGGCCAUCCUCAGCAGCAACAACUGAAAUCAAGCCUUUUCUAUAACUGGCAAUGAGUCUUUCACAUCUCUGUGGAGAUGUUUAGGCCCACUCUUCCUUGCGGAAUUGUUUUCAUUCAGCAAAAAUGGAGGGUAUUCGAACAUGAACCGCCUUUUUAAGAUCACGCCACUGCAUUUCAAUCGGAUUCAAGUCCGGACUUUGACGAGGCCGCUCCAAAACAUUCAUUUUGUUUUUUUAAACCGUUCAGAAGUUGACUUGCUGGUGUGUUUUGGAUCGUUAUCCUGCGGCAGAACCCAAGUGAACCCAUUGCUGUUCUCUUGAGGUCAUCUUUGUAGGCUGGCCACUCCUGGGAAGAUUCACCACUGUUCCAUUCCGGUUAGCGGUAGUUUAACCCCUCCCCUCGCCGACACGACUGUCCACUCCCUGUUUUAAAAUUGUAAUCCUGCAAAAUAACUCCAUUUUGAAAAUAAAUGUACCUUUAAUCUUAUUACGUUUUUUUCUGUAACUGUAAUAGAAUACAGGUACCCUUUUCUGUAAUGUGAUUAUGUAAUCCCGUUACUCCCCAAGCCUAACAAUAGUCGAUCCAAAUAAAACUUCCCUUAGGGUC